AUGGCCGAGCUGCAGGACAAUGAUGAUGCUAUCAACAAGAGCGAGGAGUCCAAACCAGAACUUACCAAGUACUUGACAGUGACGCUGCCCGGUCCUGAUGGCUCCCCAGAAGCUGAUGCUGUUCUGGCACUCGAUGAAGAUACCACAAAGCAUCCACGGCUAGCUAAGAUCGUGAAAAAUUCAACCUCGAAAACUGCUUCCUCCACCUCAGAGGUUCGUGAAACGCAUGUUGUGCUAUCUGUGGGUUCGGGACACCAAAAGGCGGCUGUCUUCUACGAGGACUGUGUAGGCCCUCUGCUCGCCACUCUGUAUCCCAACGACCACCAAGACUUCCAUGUGCAUACCACUCAAUCAGCGACUAGCGUAACGGAGCUCGCGAACGACCUUUUUUUCACAAGAGCAAAUGCAGGUACAGCUCUGCGGAUCAUUGUGCUAUCAGGGGACGGUGGCAUUAUUGACCUCGUGAACGGCCUGUCUUCACACACCACGUCGCCCUCUUAUAUCGCACCUCAAGUCGUUUUGGUGCCCUUGGGAACCGCAAAUGCGCUCUACCACUCCAUCAAUGCCGGGAAGGAAAAUAUAUGGGGCCUUACUGCGCUGGCUUCGUCGCAGACCCGCCCUUUACCUGUCUUCACAGCAUCCUUUUCGCCCGGUGCACGCCUCCUCACCAACGAAGCGCGUAGCGAAGAAGAACUUCCCGCUGAUUUCUCUUCCGGCCAACCGAGUCUUCACGGCGCAGUAGUGUGCAGCUGGGGAAUGCACGCGACGUUGGUCGCCGACAGCGACACAGCCGAAUACCGUAAAUUCGGCGUUGAGCGCUUCAAAAUGGCAGCGAAAGAAGCUCUGUACCCCGCUGAUGGUUCAGCAGCACAUGCAUACAAGGCGAAAGUAUCCGUGCUGAAAGGCGAAACAUGGACACCGCUGGAAGAAAAUGAGCACAUGUACAUCCUCGCAACCAUGGUAUCGAACCUUGAGCAGCCAUUCUGUAUCUCUCCACAUUCAAAGCCACUGGAUGGAAGUUUGCACCUUGUGCACUUCGGCCCAACAAGCGGAGACGAAGCGAUGCGAUUGAUGGGCCUAGCGUAUCAGGGCGGAAAACAUAUUGAGGACCCUACGGUAAAUUACGAAGCCAUCGAUGGGCUGCGUAUCGAGUUUGACGGACGUGAAGGAGACGCACGAUGGCGAAGGAUCUGCAUCGAUGGCAAGAUCGUAAGAGUUGAGAAAGAUGGGUGGGUGGAGCUUCGAAAAGACACACGGCAGGUUCUGGACAUCGUGGUCGUCUAG